AUGGAAGUCGAAGAAGAAGUUCAACGGAUCGUAGAUGAGGUUAAGGAGCUCCACGACUCUGCCGCUUCCUUCAUCUCUUCUUCUUCCCAACAAGAGCUUACCCUCAAGCAAAAAGCCUCCGCCGCUGACGCCUCCGUCCGCCGUCUCCAAUCUACUCUCGUCUCCCACAAACGUCAUGAUCCUAAGCUUGUAGAGAAGCUUGAGGAAGAUCUGCAUCGUGCUAGAUGCAUGCUCGUUGAUGGAGAUCUCUCUUCGUUUCUCCCAUCCAAACCUCAAGGACGCUUUGUGAGAAUGUUCUUGGGGCCUGUGAAUGUUCGAGCCUCGCGUAAAGACAUUCAGCUCAAAGUUAAAGAAGAAUACAAUAGCUACAGAGACAAGACUGCUCUUCUUUUUCUUUUUUUCCCAGCAGCACUUUUGAUCCUUAGAUCUUAUUUUUGGGGUGGAUGUUUGCCUGCAUUUCCUGUUCAGCUCUAUGAGGCUUGGCUAUUGUUCCUCUAUGCUGGGUUGGUUAUGCGAGAGAACAUUUUGAGAGCCAAUGGGAGCGAUAUCCGUCCAUGGUGGCUAUAUCAUCACUAUUGUGCCAUGGCUAUGGCCCUUGUCAGCCUCACAUGGGAAAUCAAAGGUCAACCAAAUUGUGUCCAGAAACAGAGAGGAGUCCAUCUUUUCCUGCAAUGGGCGAUGAUGCAAGGUGUUGCAAUGCUUCUGCAAAAUAGAUACCAACGCCAAAGAUUAUACACUCGCAUUGCACUAGGAAAGGCUAAGAGGAUGGAUGUCGUAUGGGGAGAAACGGCUGGAGUCGAUGGUCAGUUAUGGCUGUUAUGUCCUAUACUGUUCAUUUUACAGGGCUUUGAAGCGUACGUUGGAAUGCAGUUGCUUAGGGCAGCAUUAAGCGGAGUUGUUGCUGAAUGGCAGGUGAUGGUUUGUGGUAUUCUUCUGGUAGUGAUGGCUGUUGGGAACUUCAAGAACACAGUAGAGACACUGAUGGCAAAGUCGAGGUUUAAGGCAAAGAUGAAGAAAAGUAAAAGCAGAGCAGAGCUUAACUAG